AUGGAGGCGUUUCCGAGCCUGGGGCAUAGCUGCGUAGAGCGCGCGUUCCUGGACGCUAAGUACGACGUGAACCUUGCAGCAGCCGUGCUCGCAUCGUCGCAAGAACAGCCUGCGACCGACCUCGCUGCUGCUGCUGCUGCCGGUUCUUCUGGUGACUCUGGUGGCGCUGCUGGCGGCACAGGCGCUGCAAUUCAAGGCGGAGCAGCAGUCAAGGACGGCGCAGCAGCGCGCCAAGCGCUGGAGCAGGAGCACCGGUGGUGGGAGGAAGCCCCUUUCGCUGCAGCAGGGAGGGCGGCGGGGGAGGUAAAGGCGGAGGGGGGGGUGGAACGGAAAGCUGUUAUGCGGGGGAGUGACGCGGCUGGGGAAGAUGAGGACGUGUUCGUGUGGGGUGAUGGGGGGUGGGAAGCGGUGGACGAGUGCACGAACGAAGCACGAGGUGGGGGGGAAGUGAACAGGCAGGGAGACGCGGAGGGGCAGGAGAAGGGGCGGGGUGACAAGAGGAGGAGUAGGAAGAGCAAGGGAAAGAGCAAAGUGGAUGACCUGGGCGAUGUGAAAUUGGAAGUGGUCGGGAAGGUGAGUCGUGGCGGGGGGGGGUCGAGUGAAGGGGGCAAGGAAACGGCGCAGCGCGACACUAAGAGGAGUAAACUGAAAGCUCCUUCUCCUCAGAAGCCUCAGAAGCAGAAGCAGCAGCAAGGAGGGGAGAGGGAGAAGAAUGCUGCAGUGCAAGGGAGUGCUUUAGAGACCCAGGCAGAGCCACUGCGCCAGGCAGAACGCACGCAUGCAGCACCUGCUGCCGCUCCUGAUGACGCCACCACCGCCGCCACCACCACCGCUGCCGCCGCUGCUGGUCCUGGUGGUGCUGGUCUGGCAGCAACGGGUGACUGUGAAGGCGAGGGGGAGGGCGAGGGCGAGGGCGAGGGCGGGGCGAGCAGCAUGGAGUACAGCGAUAUGGUGGAUUUCUUCUACUCCAUGCUGGGCAGCAAUGCAUGCAUUGAAAAGGACACCAUCAGCUACGUCAUCUCCUACUACAACGGAGACAUGUCUCAGAGUCUGGAGGUGCUGUUGGGGCUGGUGGGCGGCCAGGCGGAGCAGGGGGGAGGGGAGGGCGGACAGGGAGGGGGAGGGGCAGGGGGGGAAGCGGGGGAAGGCGGGUGGGGGAGAGCGUAUGGGGAUGUGGAGAUGGAGGAGGCAGAGGGAUGGUACCCUGGGGAAGAUGCUGCUGCUGCUGCUGGGGGUGGUUCUGCUCUUGCUGGUGCUGGUGGUGCCGCUAGUGCUGACGAUCAGUUGAGGACUGGUGGGGUGAGUGGGGAGCAGCUGCAGCAGCAGAAGAGGUUGGGAGUGGUGCAGAUGGAUGAGAACAUGGAAGAUGCAUUUCAAGCCAAUGCUGCUGCGGCUGCGGCUGCUGCUGACGAUGCUGCUGCUGAUGCAGCUGGUGGGAGUGCAAGGGGCGAGGAGCAGAAGCUGGCCACGCUCUGUGACGCCUUCCCCUACUUUGACCGCGCUGUCGUCGCUGCUUUUUUGGAGUCUCUGGAUGGCGACAUGGAUGGAGCAGCAGACGCACUGCUGGCUCAGGAGACAGCAGCAAAGGCCGCCGCCAACUCUGCCCCUGCUCCUUCCGCUGCUGUUACGGCCGCCCCUUCUUCUCCUCCUCCUGCAGCUGGUGCUGCUAGUGGUAGUGCUGCUGCUGCUGAGGUAAGAGCAGGCAGGAAUGCACGACACCGGUCAGGAGAGAAGAAAGAACAGUGUCCUUCUUUCUCCUUUUCAACCGCAUUCCCUUCCACCCCUUUUCCCCUUUCCACCCACUUACCCUCUUCAACUCCUUUUCCCUCUUCAAUCCCUCGUCCCUCUUUGAUCCGUUUUCCCCUUCCAACUCCUUCUUGUCCACCCCUUCCGGUUGCACCCCCGCCUUCUCCAUUUCCCGGCCUUGCCUCCACGCAGGGAGGGGGAGUGGAGGAGAGGGCAGUGAUGGAGCAGCUACUGCUGCUGUACCCACGGGUGGACCGCGACUCGCUCCUGCAAGUGCUGCGCGUCUGUGGCGGCUCUCUCAGUGACACGUGUGCCUUUCUUGACAGCUCAGAGGUGGCAGCAGAAGCAGAAGCAGCCGCGCGAGGUCCCAGCACCCAUCGCAGCAGGGCACAGGCAGCACAGGGAGCGGGGCAGAGGAGGCAGGAGGAGGUGCCUCUGUGGAAGUGGAGGGUGCAACACAGAGCUGCAGAACGCGCUGCUGCUGCUGCUGAUGGUGGUGGUGCGCGUGUCGGCAGUUAUCGUGCUGCUGAUGGCGGUGUUGGUGGUGAUGGUUAUGCUGGUUCUGAUGGUUAUGGUGCUGCGGAUGGUUACGCCUAUAGGAGUGAGGGUGUGGCGGGUGCUGUUCAGGCAGAUUCUGGUGCAGGUAGCAGGCCUCGUGUGAUUGAAGGCGCUGCUGCUGCUCCCGCUACUGGUGCUGCACCAUGGGGGCGUCCCGCCUCCCCUCCCAAGUCAUCCGAUUGCUACAAGCGGCAUCGCGAGGCGGCGUUUGAGAGGAGGAGGAUGAUGCAGUAUUACUUCCGAGAGGCCAGUGAGGCGUGGAGGCGAGGGGAGAGGCAGCGAGCAGCGGCCCUUGCAGACAAGGGUCACGAGUAUCGGGAGCAAUAUCAAGAGCUCAUGCAGGAAGCAGGGCAACGUAUAUUCAGGGAAAACAACGAGCGGCUGGGAAACAACAUGGAUGUGGAUCUGCAUCACCUGCAUGUGGACGAGGCAUUGCAGCACCUGCAGCUGCACCUCACUCUCCUGCAAACCCUGCCCACUCUCAGCAGCAUAACGGUCAUCACUGGUAGAGGCAAGCACAGCGCUUCUGGGCAAGCCAAAAUCAAACCUGCG